AUGUGCGUACACGAGGGAAGGGCUGAACGAGGAUCUUCAUUAAAAGCGCAUGCAGCCGAGACGUUUAUAAGAUGGAAGCAUGAAAAGACUAUCAUCGCCACCACCUCCGCGCUUAUUCCUUUCCGCCGCCUCUGUUUCGUCUCUUCUACGCCAACUGCAAUUUGUUGUCAAAAAGAUCUGGCAUCCUUCUCUUUAUUUUUCCCUAUUUUCUUUUUUCUUUCUUUCCUUCUUCUUUUCUUUCUUUCUUCUUUUUUCUUUCUUUCUUCUGCAUUUUCUACCUUUCACUUCAUUCAUUUUUUGCUUUUCAGUUUUUUUUUAUUUCUUUUCUUUCUUUCUUUCUUUUUUUUUAUUUAUUUUUCAAAUUUCUCUAUAUCCCUAAAGCGUCCUUUUUUUUUCUUCCUUAUUUUUUUAUUUUCCUUAUUUUCUUUUUUUCUUUCUUUGCUUCUUCCGUUUUUUUUUUUUUGCUCUUCUUUCUUCUUUCCUUUCUUUAUUUUCUUUAUUUUGUUUUUAAGUUCUUUUCUUUCUUUCUUUCUUUCUUUCUUUCUUUCUUUUCUUUCUUUCUUUCUUUCUUUCUACCUCUUUAUCUGUCUUAAGCGUACUUCAUUCAUUAUUUUUUUUUUCAGUUUUUUUUUUCUCUUUUUUCUUUCUUUCUUUCUUUCUUUCUUUUUUUAUUCAUUUUUCAAAUUUCUCUAUAUCCCUAAAGCGUCCUUCUCUUUUUUUCUUCCUUAUUUUUUUAUGCUUUCAUACGUCUUUCCUUCUUUCUUUCUUUCUUUCUUUGCUUCUUCCGUUUUUUUUUUUUGCUCUUCUCUUUCUCCCUCAGACGUCCUUCUCUUUAUUCUUCUUUAUUUUGUUUUUAAGUUCUUUUUCUUUCUUUCUUUCUUUCUUUCUUUCUUUCUUUCUUUCUUUCUUUCUUUCGCACGCUUCUUUAUCUGUCUUAAGCGUACUUCAUUCAUUGUUUUUUCGUUUUCAGUUUUCUCUUUCUCAUUUCUUUUUCUUUCUUUCUUUUUCUUUCUUUCUUUCUUUUUUUUAUUCAUUUUUCAAAUUUCUAUAUCCCUAAAGCGUCCUUCUUUUUUUUUCUUCCUUAUUUUUUAUGCUUUCAUACGUCUUUCCUUCUUUCUUUCUUUCUUUCUUUCUUUUUCCUUUCUUUUUUUUUUUUUGCUCUUCUCUUUUCUCCUCAGACGUCCUUCUCUUUAUUCUUCUUUAUUUUGUUUUUUAAGUUCUUUUUUUCUUUCUUUCUUUCUUUUUUCUUUCUUUUCUUUCUUUCUUUCUUUUCUUUCUUUCUUUUUCUUUUCUGUCUUAAGCGUACUUCAUUCAUUGUUUUUCGUUUUCUUUUGUCUUUCUCAUUUCUUUCAUUUUUUUUUUUUUUUUUCAUUUUCAAAUUUCUCUUUUAAAGCGUCCUUUCUUUUUUUUCUUCUUAUUUUUUUUUGCUUUUGUCUUUCCUUCUUUCUUUUCUUUGCUUUUCCUUUUUUUCUUUCUUUCUUUCUUUCUUUCUUUAUUUCUUUCUUUCUUUGGCUUCUUUAUCCUAAAUUGUUUUUUCGUUUUCAGUUUUUCUCUUUUCAUUUUUUGUUUCUUUCUUUCUUUCUUUUUUUAUUUUUCUUUUUUCUACCUUCUUUCUUUAUUCUUUCUUUCUUUCUUUCUUUCUUUCUUUCUUUCUUUAUUUCGCAAGCUUCUCUACCUCUCUCAAGCGUACUUCAUUCAUUGUUUUUCGUUUUCAGUUUUCUCUUUCAUAUUUCUUUCUUUUUUCUUUCUUUCCUUCUUUAUUUUUCACUUUUCUCUAUCUCCCUAAAGCGUCCUUUUUUUUAUUUAUUCUUCCUUAUUUUCUUUUUAUGCAUUAACAUUUCUUCCUUUCUUUUUUUCUUUCUUUCUUUCUUUUCUUUUCUUUCUUUCAUUUACCCUUUCAUUUUCUUUCUUUCAUUUCUUCAUUACCCUCUACAUUCAUAUAUUUUUUCUUUUUUCAUUUUUCCUCUAAAACUUUUGGCUUCUGGUCCUGUUUUCAUUCAUUCAUUAUUUUUCAUCUUUGUUUUUCAUUCUCUUAUGUUUUCUUUUAAAUUUUUCCCUUUCUAUCUUUUUAUUAACUCCCAUGGUUUUUCUUUCCUUCUAUUUUUUCUUUCUGUCAUUUCCAGCUUUCUAUCUCAUUAUUUUUUAUAUUACUAUUACCACCGUUUCUUUUAUCUGGCGCAACAUCGGUCGGGCGCAGUACGGCACCUCUCACUAAAAUAG